GAAAAUCAUUAUUUUCAAUUUCUCACGUGUUAACUGUUAAGACGUUCAGUUCAACAAAUUUUCCGGAAAGAUUGAUGAUAAUAAAACGUUAUAAUUAUAAUUAACAACGAACUGAAGUACAGUACUUAAAACCGCAGCUUAGUAGCGUGAUACAAUCGACAAUGUCGUUUAUAUCUGAAAAGCCAUUGAAUAAAAAAAUUAUCUUCGACGAACAUGUUGAAGAAAGUGAUACCAUGGUUGAUCUGUCUCUUAGCAAUGAACAGCAGUCAGAGUCAGCAAAACCCCUGCUCAGAAACAAAGCAUUCAUCCAAUUUGAUUCAAAUCUCUCGAGCCAUGAUAAGUUUCAGAAAGUAACAAAGAGCAACACAGAUAAGCCAUUUAAAAAAGGCAAGAUGGAUUUUGAGCAACAGUCUCUACCAGAAGUAUCUUCUGAACGUUAUUACCAGACAACAGAAGCUCUAGAUAUUGGCAAAGGUAGUGAGUUCUCUCUACGAACCCUCUUUCAGGAGAGCAAUCUUGCAGUAGAACCAGAAGAAGAACCAAUUAGUUUGCCACCAAAACUAUUUGCCCAGAAAGACCCUAAACUUUUGUUUAAGCCAGAAACAGUGAGCAAUGUUGAGCAUCAAGGCUAUUGGAAAAAUGCCGGUAUGUGGACGGAACCACUUUUUUUCCACGCUGGAGACAACCGUUUAAAAGAGGUUACAGAUUUUAUCUACCAGCCAGCAAAGGAAGAAGCGUACCGUGACCGAAAUAAGUGGUUUGAGCAGCGAGAAAAACUCAAACAAUAUUAUCGUAACAAGAUGCGACGUAAUGCAAUGUGGGUAGCAGGAACUGCACAACAGUCGCAGAAAAAGCGACCACUUGCAGAUGGGACAGACGAGUCUUCAUUCCAAUAUUUUGGUCAGCAAGAGGAAAUCGAACGUCAACAGAAAAAGAAACCCCACAGAACUUUUUUCAAAUAAUCUUUAAGACAUACUUGAUAAAUACAAAUUCUUUUUUCGUUUGA